GCAUUUCGCCUAUUGCCAUAGCAGCGGGAAAUUGGUUUGAGUCGGUCUCAAUCAUGGACAGCCCGAGUCGAGUGUUUGCUGCAGUACUACCGGCCUCAGGUCGUGAGUUCAACGGUAAUGAAAGGGAGCAGGGGCUGGAAGUACGAACAGUUAACCGACAGGGUCCCGGCAACCGUGUAAGGGAGGUCCAGGUCACGGGAACGGCGGAGGUUUGUUGCCCGGCGGACCAAGUGUCUGUUCGGGUCACUGUGGGUAACAGCAAGGACUCAGUCGACGAGGUGACCAACAGCGUUUCACGGCGACUCGAGUACAUUAUACAGUCUGUCAGACAGCAUGGUAUCAGUGACAGGGACACCUCAGUGAGGAGGUUUCUCCACCGAGAGGCAGACCUAUAUCACAUGGAUGCAGAGGUCGUGGUCACUUUUUCAGAUUUUGAGAAGAUGGAGCGAGUAUGUGGUGUCUUUCUGGAAAAGCUGGACAAAAGUGUCUGUGUGGGGACACCACAGUUUUACCACAGUGCAGAAUGUCUGAGUCAGCUGAGGAGGCGAGUGUGUGUGUCAGCAGUUGAAAAUGCUCAACAGAAGGCCUGCGAAGUCAGUCAGCUCCUUGGACAAAGUCUGGGACCCCCCCUACUGGUCAGAGAGGAGGAGACAAAGGAGUGGAGGAAUGAAGAUGAGGAGUAUGGAAGCACAGGGCAGGGCGCUGCACCCCUGUCUCACCUCCCCUGUAUACCCAAAAUCACUGCCUCCUCUCGGGUGUCUGUCUCCUUCAGUCUCAGAGACAGAAGCAGGAAAAAACUCUAAAGACAUUUGUCAUUGGCACAUGAAACCAAAGAGCCGAUUGUCACAAUUUAGAACAUUUUAUUGCAUAGCUGUGGCUGAUCAAAAGUGCAGUUCUUCAAGUUUUUUUUUUUUUUUGGACCUUAGCUACCAGUCAUGUCAAAACUAUAAACAUUUUCAAAGAAAUUUUGUCAUUUCCAGCAUUCCCUCUUAUCAUGUAACUUAAACAUGCCAACCAUUCAAGUCUGAUUCAAAUUCAACAUUUUUAGACACAUUAUAUUAAAAUACUGUAUAUUUUUACAUCUCAAAGAAAUAAAGUGUUCAUUAGAGCUUGA